UUAAAGGCAGAACCAAAGGCUAUAGACUGGGGAGAGCUCAGAAAAGAGAGAGGGAGAGACCAUUCGGGUGGGAAAGAAAGUUCUAAGGAACCUCCAUCUCUCACGUUCCUCCCUCCAGUCCUGAGAACUAGGGUUAGAAUGACCCCUUCACAAUGAGCUGCUGAUUUUGUUACUGUCCUGGGAGGACCACCAGCCGCGAACCAGCCAUCUUUCCAUAAAUAUCAAAUCUAGGAUGCCAGUUGAUGCUCGCCAACAACAAAAACAAUCACCACCCAUCUGAUAAGGAUAAGUCACCACCAAAGAUUGUAGAAACACAAAGCCCACGAAACUGAGGGCAGGCACUCUGACAGUAAGCAAAAUAUUUUCAUUAGAAACCAUAAGACAUAUCCAGCACAAGUAUUAAUUAGCACGUGUAGAUAGUUUAAGAAAGUAUUCGUGAAAAUGGUAUAUUUUUAAAAAGAAAACACAUAAAGGUGUUUAAAAGUAAUUUCUAUGACUAUCAAAAUUACCUAAGGGGAUGAAAUGUUCUAUAAGUCAUUGAAGGUGAUAGAAAAAACGAUGAUUAGUUUUCUAUGAAAAUAAGAAUUGCUUAUUAGUUCCAUCAAUGUGUUUAUCACACGUAAUUAUUGACACAGGAGAAAAAAAUGUACUGUGAUCCAAAAAUAAAACUGUUUUUGUCUCAUUCCUAAAAAUUGAUUGGCAGAAAGCUAAGAGGAAGCUGAAAAAACCAUAAAGGGAAAACGUGAUAAAUUUAACUCUACACAAGUAUCAAAAUACAUUGUAAACAAAAUUAAAAGGUAAUUGACAAACUGGAGGAACUUUUUGCAACACACAUCACAGACCUUUUCACAGAACAUCAAACAUUCUAACAAAUCAUUUUUUUUUACAAAGAUGAACACCAAGUGAAAAAAAAAAAAAACGGGCAAAAGGCCAGAAAAGGCGAAUCACAAAGUAUGUACAAAUGGUCACUAAAAAUAUGAAAAAAUGUCUAUCCUGCCUAGUAAUCAAAGAAGUGAAUAAAAUCAAAGAUGUCCAUUUCUGACAAUAAAAUGGGCAUUUUAAAAAAGAAAGAAGAUUAUCCCCAAUGUAGGUUAAGGAUAGGAGACGCUAGCCUAGAAGGCAAGCUUUCUUUCCUCUGCCUUCAGGAAGCCUCAAAGGCAUAGCCUUUGAUCCUUGAACUUCUCAGGUAGGAAUUUAUCCCGAGAAACAGUCAAGGGCGACUUCAAGAUUCAUCUACAAGGAUACAAGGCACUGAUACAACGGGGGGAGGAGGGAUGAAGGGAGGAAGAGGAGGAGAAGAAAUAUUAUAAAUGUUCGUUAAUUAUGCAUUCCAUCAUCUAGGUGAUUUUUACUUUUUCUGGGCACUUUCCUGUUCACUCUGAAUUCUCUACACCAAACACGCAUUUGCUCUGUGGUCAGAUGUCCUUUCUCCAAAGAAACCCAACUUCAUGAAAGAGAGGGUAACCGGCAGGGCCCGGGCGUCCACGCUCCCCCCCGAAGGAGCCGGGCGUCCACACCUGCCCGCCUAGGUCCCCCUCCUCCUGGGGAAAUCCGGGAUCCACGCACGCCCGCCUUAGCGCCCUCCAGGGAGCGCUCCGCUCUCGGUCGACGCCCCUCCCACGCAGAGAACUAGACUCGCGCAGUCGAUUCCGGAUCAAACCUCCCGGCGCGUGGGCGAGAACCACUGAGCGCGGGACGGAACGGCGGGACAUUCGCGCCCGCGGGGGCGGCGCGGGAGCGGCUCGUUCGCCCCCCAAGGCGGCCCGGGAGCCGAGCAGGGAGAGCGGGCGGCCUCCUUACAGACGUCCACAGACACAUCGCACUUCGCCCUCACGGAGAAACGGGGGGCCUGACUCACAUCACGGCCCAGGGCGCCCGUCUCCCGGCCGACGAGACGCGGCCCCGAGUGCGCACGUGCGACGACCUCGCGGCCCCGCCCCCUGGUUCCUCUCGUCCCGCCGGGCCGCCCGUCCCAGGAGGCCCCGCGGGCGGGUUUCCAGGGCGACGCGUCUGCGUCACGAGGCCGCGAGGUUGGCACUGCUGCGGAAGCCGCGCCGAGCAGGUUUGCUAUGUCUUUGGCUGACACAACAAAAACCUACGUAGAUGAGCAUUUCCCCAGCGUGGCCUUAGAAAACCACAGGACGUCAGCAGCGAGCAGGAGCAGCCCGAGCACAGCCAAUCUUGCAAGGAACAGUAGCGCUUCCGAUAGGAGUGUCGAUUACAGCAAAUCUCAGUGUUCCUGCGAGAGUUUUGAUUCUCACCAUGAUUAUUCAGAAGAAUUCGUCUCAGAGUAUUCAGAAACAGCUGUUAAUAGAACUUGUUUAGAGAAGCCUGUGGUGAAAGAAAAAAAGGAGGGGAAGAAAAAAUGCAAUGUUUAUAAAAUCUCCCAACCUAAAGUCAACAGGUGGCCUGGUUACAGAGUACCGCAGUGCUCGGAUCUCAUGGGCUUCUUGCCUUUUAUCCCAGCGGAAGAAUCAUGCUUUGGAUCGUCAAUGAAAUGUAAAUUCCUGUCUCAACACCCCAAGAAGAUGGUCUCCACGUCCGGCCAGAAGGAAAUCUCAGUUGGAAAAAAGCACAGCUGGAAUGCACCAUUUUUAAAUUCUAAAAUCAAUAUGAUUGCCCAAAGAAGAGAUGCUAUGACUCAUCGCGUACUCUCAGCAAGGCUUAAUAAGAUUAAAGAACUAAAAAAUGAAUUAACUGAUAUACAGCAUAAAUUGGAAGCCACAGUCCUAGAAAACCAACUUUUGAAACAACUUCAGAUCAGGCACUUGAAAGCUAUAGGAAAAUACGAGAAUUCACAAAACAAUGUACCUCAGAUUGUGGUUAAACAUCAGAGUGAAGUAAAAAACCUAAGGCAGCUACUUAGGAAAUCCAAGGACCAGGAAAGAGCUGUAUCCAGGAAACUCAGAGUAACGGACAGCAAAUUACUGAAGACGAAAGACGCCUUGCAGGCACUGCAGAAGCUCUCUGAAGACAAACAUCUUGCAGAGAGGGAAGAACUUACUCAAAGAUUGGCUAUUCUUACGACAAAAAUGGAGGCAAAUGACAGAAAAGUACAGAGCUUGGAGAAACAGCUGAGGCUGAACAAUAAAGCCUUCCAUCAGCAGCUGACCAUCGAGGGCCGCAAGACUUCAGCAGCUCAAACAGCUACGAACGCACUCCAGAUGGAAGUGAAGCACCUUCGGCAAAAACUUAAGGAAAAGGAUCGAGAGCUUGAAAUUAAAAACAUCUACACUAAUCGGAUACUUAGAAAUUUACAUGACAAAGAAGAUUAUCCCAAAGUUUCUUCAACAAAAUCAGUACAAGCAGACAGGAAAAGUGUUUCACUUACGACUAUGAGACAUCAGGAAACCCAAAAAUCGGAAAAUGGCCCAUGUCUGACAACUAAGGGUGAAAAGACAAAAGGAAACACUGGUCAGAAAGAAAAAUCGGCUGACAUCGUCCAAGCGCUUCCUCACUGUGUUAGUAAGCCACCAAACCAAGAGGAUUCCAAGAGAGAAUGUGAAAAUUUAUCGAAGGAAGAGGAACAUUUGGAAGUACAGCCACCUCUGCAGAAUAUUGGAAGCCAAAGAGAUAAAAAAGAAGAUCAAGAAAAGGCAACCACGUUAGCAAAAGAACAGGAAGUAUCACCAAAAACAAUUCAAGCCAUUCAUCCUGAAAGGGAAGGCCACCAGGAAAAUGAUACAGUAAGAGAAAAGUUUAAAAGAAGCCUACAAAUAAAUGACAUGGAUGAGGUACCUGAUAAAAAUGCUGCUCCCAAAACCAAAAUACCCGCCAGACAAAGAAAGCAUUAUUCAUUCACAGAAGCGGUUGAAAAUUUGCAUAAUGGUCUUCCCGCUACGGGUGGGCCAGCCAAUCACGGUCCCGGCAAAUGUAACCAAGGUCCCGGCAAAAAUCGGGGAGAUGGGGAAGAACUAAAGCCAGAGCACGCUGUUGGUGGGUAUGAGCCCUCUUUUAGUAAGCCUUCCAAAACUAAAGCAAAAGAUACCACUUUCAGAGAGAAGAAAAGCAGUCUAAUGGAAGAACUCUUUGGAUCAAGCUGUGUCUUUAAAGACGACCAACCAAGUACUGCUGCCAUUAAAGGGUCUGAGGAGACUUUGAAAAGCAAGAGGGUGCAUCAUCUUCCUCGCAGUCAGGCCUCCGCCACCCAUGCUUUUGGGAAUUCUAAAGUAACUGCGGUAAAUUCUAGUAAGUCAUCUUCACCUACAGAAGGAAAAAUCAAAAUAAUUAUUUGAAUAAAAUCAAUA